AUGGCCAAGGUAUUUUUGAUAUUUUCGAUAAUUUUCUCGAUACGAAUUCCGUUCACCGAGAAACGCGAUGAUAUCAAAACAGGCUAUACACCUGUGCACGCAAGAGCGUUCGACGAGAUGCAGGCGUAUCUGCAAUUCUACGAUGGACUGGAUCCGGUGCUGUUGUACGUGAUCAUAACUGCCCGAGAUGGAGGUUCGAUGAACCGUUUGGCUCAUCUUAAUCAGACAGUCGCGCUGAUCGAUCGAGUCGGCAAAGGAUUCCCGGUCAGGAAUCUCACCUUCUAUGAUAUUUGCAAAAGCUUCUGCGACGCCAACGAGCCCGUACUACAAUAUCGAGUAAACCUUUCAUUUUUUUUUUGA